CCCCCCCCACCUUGCCAGACAAUCGUCGCGAUCUCCUUCCCUGGACCUGGACUUGGGAGCCGAUCGACCAGACAGCGACUUCGACACCCAUGAGACCGGUUGUUCGACAUCCACGAUUCUCUCGUUCACCGCCGGGACCGUUGUCCUUCCACCUAUGUCUCCCGCGCUUGCCUCAUAUCCGUCUCUCUCCCUCCCACCUCCGGUAGCUGCGGACCCGCGACGUUACCAAUCCCAAUAUCCGGAGUGCUCAUCGUCCAAGAGCGCCUUCCGUUCGGUCUCCUCGGGGUCGACGGAGUGGUCCGUACCCUUUCGGGUCGGGUUACCGACGCCUCCCAGCGAGAUGACCGGAGUGACGUACAACACCACGCUUUCUUCUUCGAUGUAUGGAGGAAAGCAGUAUGGUGUCCCGGUGCAGCAAUAUGCCAAGGCUCCAACCCAGGCUCCUGUCAACUCCGUGUCGACGAACACCUCAACGACGGCACACCAGAACUAUGUCCCGCCUCCGGAAAAGGAAGCCCCCGCUGCGGCCUCCGAGACGAAGAGUCAGAAGAAGAACACAAACGACUCGAUAGCGCCGUACUUGCAGAUCCCCUCGUCGAUCAAUAACAGCAAAGGGAGUUUGGCAGAAUUCGCUGCUCAGGUGAGAAUCCCUGUUACCCGGGCAUGCCAGUCGGGCAAUCCACUGACUCUGGUGUCGAUUUAG